AAAGCAGCGCUGUGUUCCUUCCAUUCCUUCUGCCUCUUUGUUACUUCUAAACCCUAGAAGAAAAAACCAUUGUGUAACCGUAACAAUGCCUCCAUCACCGCCUUCACCCCCAAAUUGAAACAAUCCACGUCGUGUCUCCCUCAACGAUUCAUCCAUUUCAUCCACGGAACAAUGAGCUACUGCUACAUACUUGUUUCAAACUCACUUCACUGAACGAUAAGUUUUCAUCCUCAACGAUAAGUUGUAAUCGUUGUUUUCAAACAGGUUUGUGUUUGGAUUUGCUCAUAAUUAUUCUGAUUUAUUGUUAUUUUCUCUGACUUGUUCUUCUCAAUGGAUUAUAAUAUAUUUCGUUCUCGUUACCACUUUUGUCACACAGGAGAAAGGUUUUGUCUGAGUUCAGUUAUUGUGUUGGAGCUACUAUUAAGUGUUGCUGAGAAUUCUCUUAAGAGAGUUGAAGAAGGUAUGGCUGAGAGUUCAGCUAUGGAGCAAGACACUCUAACAGCAACAACACCCAUUGAGCCAACCGCAAAUCUUCCUCCUAUUGGCCGGAAGAAAAGAAGAGCUAAUGCAAAUGCUAUUAGAAAGAGGUCUGAGGUAUGGGACCACUUUAACCUUAUUCCUAAUAGUGAUCCCGCUACUGCGGCAUGUAAGUAUUGUCAUCAGAAGUACAUGUGUGACUCUAAGAAACAUGGAACGUCAAACUUAAAGAGUCAUAUGAAAACAUGUCCUAAGUAUCCGCUGAACUUGUCAACCGACUCUACCCAAACUGUAUUGACAUAUUCAACAACUCAAGGAGGUGUUUUGGUCCAAACAUCCUCUCGGUUUGAUCCUUUAGGUUGUAGAAAGGGGCUGGCUUACUUUAUCAUUUUAGAUGAGAAGCCAUUUAUUACCGUUGAAGGAGAGGGAUUCAAGUACUUUUGUAACCAAAUGCAGCCCCAAUUUACUAUACCAUCUAGGAGAACCAUUGCUAGGGAUUGUUUUCAGAUAUAUCUUGAUGAGAAAGUGAGGUUGAGAGCGUUAUUUAAGUCUGAUUGUAGUAGGGUGGCAAUUACCACAGAUUGUUGGACUUCAGUUCAAAAUCUUAACUACUUAACCCUCACUGCCCAUUUUAUAGAUAGAGAUUGGAAAUACCAAAAAAGGAUCAUUAGUUUUACGGUUAUCCCAAAUCACCGAGGUAAAACAGUUGGUAAGAAGGUUGAGGAUGUGUUGAAGGAGUGGGGGCUGAGAAACGUUUCAACUAUCACGGUGAAUAACGCGGCAUCAAAUGAUGUUGCUGUUAAGUAUUUAGAGCAGAAAAUAAGAAACAUGAACGGACUUUUGUUGGAUGGAUUUGGGUUUCACAUGAGGUGUUGUGCUCAUAUACUGAAUUUGGUCGUGAGAGAUGGAUUAAAAGUAGCUAGCACCUCAAUUUCAAAUGUUAGAAAUGCAAUUAGGUUUGUAAGAUCUUCACCCCAUAGAGCUUUAAAGUUCAAUGAAUGUGUGGGUUAUGCCGGGAUUACAUGCAAGAAGUCGGUAUGUCUUGAUGUUUCAACUCGAUGGAACUCGACAUAUUUGAUGUUAGAGGCGGCUGAGAAGUUUAAAACUGCUUUUGAUAAGCUAGAAGAUAUGGAUGAAGACUAUAGGGAAUUCUUUGAUGGUGGUGAUUCUCCCCCAAGUAGUGAAGAUUGGGAUAAUGUUAGGGUCUUUGUUAAGUUUUUGAAGAAUUACUAUGAAGCGACGAAUGUGUUUUCUGUUUCCACCAAAGCGAGCUUGCAUACAGCCUUUCCUUUCUUGGCUGAUAUUUACGUCGAGCUUAAGCAAUUAAACAUGGACCUUAAUGGGCUGUUUGCUAAUGUAGUUAGGGACAUGUUGGAUAAGUUUAAGAAAUACUGGAUUGAUAUCACUAAGAUGAACCAACUCCUCUAUUUCGGUGUUAUUUUUGAUCCCCGGUAUAAGUUAAGAUUUGUGGACUGGUGCUUUAAUGAUAUGUAUGGACAAUCUUCAGAAACUAAGAAAUCCUUAUUAGAAGAGAUCAAUAAUAAUCUCUCAAAGAUUUUUAUGGUUUACAAACAAGCCUAUGACAAUGCUGAAGGUUCUGUCCCGUCUAUGGCAGCCAUUGUUUCUCAUGGUGAAACCGCUGCCACCGUCGAAGUAACAGCACGUGUAGCUAGACAAAAUGCAUUUCAGCAACAUUUGCAGUCUAUGGAUUCGGUUGAAGAGGAAACUGAGCUACAAAGCUAUUUAAAAGAUAAGUGUAUAAGUUUUAGUGAAAAGGAUAAAGAUAAGUUUGACAUUCUAUGUUGGUGGAAACAUAAUGUUACUAAAUAUCCAGUUCUGUCCCAAAUUGUUAGAGAUAUAAUGCCUACACCGGUUUCAACUGUGGCUUCUGAGAGUGCUUUUAGCACGGGUGGGAGGGUUUUAGAGGUAUAUAGAAGCUCUCUCAAACCUGAAAUGGCCGAGGCUCUUAUAUGUGCUCAAAACUGGUUGAGGCCUUCCUUAUAUCAAUUCAAAGACUCCGAAUUUAACGAAGACUAUGAGAUUUCUGAAGAUGUUUUAGAAGGAUUUAAUGAAAUUUCAGUUGGGAGCGGAGCUCCGUUAUCCUCUUCAACUCAGUCACAGCCUUCUGGCUGUGCGUGAAACAAAGCAAGUUGCUUAAUUUUUUGGAGUCAUAAAUGACUCGUAUUUUUGAAGCGACGCAUAACACAACCAGCCCCAUUUUGAAAUGAUUUUGAAGCGAUGCACACUUUUGAAGAAGACAAUGAAAGAAAAUGGUAUGACAAUGUGAAUCAAGUUUCUGCUCAGUGCCUCUAUUGUUGAGAUAUGGAAAGUAUCAUUGGCUGCAUCUUAACCAGUUCAGUAUAUAACUCAACUCAACUCAAAGAAAUAGCUCGGAGAAUUAGUGGAAGUAUCAUUGGCUGCAUCUCAACCAGUGCUUCUUUUUAUCCUUUCAGUACUUCUUUUUGAGGACACUAUUGCGGAUAGCUUUCCCUUUGCAGGCAAGA